UCCGCGGCCGUGGAUUCGGAGGGCUACGGGACAGAGGAUUACUGCUGGCUCUCCACCGAAAACGGAUCAUAUGGGCAUUCACUGGUCCUGCGCUCGUCAUACUCUUGGUGAACUUCGUCAUGUUCGGCUUCGGAGUGCGUGCCUACCUCUCCACGAACAGCAGCAAAGGCGUCAGAGGCGGCGGCGGCAGAGGCAACGCUGAGGGCACGAGCAAGGGCGAGACCAGACGCCUUAUGCGGGGCUCGGUCAUUCUCUCGUCCGUGCUGGGCCUGACGUGGAUCCUGGGCUACUUCAUGAUGUUCGGAGGCUCAGCGGCCUACGCGAUGGCCGUGCUGUUCACGGUGGUCAACUCGCUCCAAGGCGCCGUCCUGUUCGUGGUGAUGGUCCUGAUGAACCCGACGGCGCGGACGCAGCUCAAGCUUGUCCUAUGCUGCGUAUGGAAGAAGGACCUGACCAGCUUCCCGAGUUCCUUCACGAAGUCCAGCCGCCUCGACCCUUCCAGAAGCUUCCGGAAGGCGCUGGAAAACUCCUCGCCAGACAUCCCGCGCCAGGUGCCCAUCAAUCCCAGGGGCUCCGGGGAACUCGACAUGUGGGUGGCCAUGGAGAUGAGGGACCAGCCCGGGAGAAGGCGCUAGCUGAGGAGAGAAGGAGAAUCCCUCGACUCCGCCGUGAAGAGGACACGGAAACGGGUUUUCAAGAUUGCUUCUGCACAGCUCUAUCCUUGCUUGCACAAAGAGCGUUACUGAUUUUCCAGCAUCCUUGCCUCAUUUGUUGC